AUGACGGCGAGUUUGAGAGCAAGUGCACAAAAAGGAAUACUUAACAAAUCGGGUCCAUUGGCGAAUAAGAAGACUGACGACAACACGCCUUUCUCGGUACGGAAUUGGGUUGUUUAGGAGUACAUGUGCAGGAUUACUGUACUUGAGAUCCGCACAUUCAGAUGUCGUACGGAUGCGUGAAUCACUUCCUGGCCGACGCUUCGGACGGUCCGCAGCGAAUGGUGCUCGAGUGCGGGCAGUCGGCGGAACGGCAGUGCAUCACGGUGAGUCUGGAUGAGAUUCCGCGAGAGACGGCCAUCGAACUGGCCGAAUCCAAGUACUUCGAGGCCGCUUUUAACCUGGCCGACAAUCGCAAGCAACUUCGGAACGCGUGCCAGCAGGCCAAAAGGUUCUACGCCGAGGUAGGAUUUCUUCAUUGAGCCGCAAGAGGAAUUCCUGUCAUUUUCAGCAUUGUCUGCACAGAAAUCCGUUCCCUCCGAAGCAAAAGUUCGCGUUCGUUCUGGAACGGCAUCAGAAGACCCGAGAAAAUGCGACGGCUGAGCAGAAAACUGUGAAAACGACCGAAUCGACGUGUAUUCCCAGAAGAACAUGAGGAUAAGAAGUUAUUGAGCAGUUUUCAGUGUCGGUUCUCGAUGGAACGAUGUCGUUGACGUCGAUGGCCUCGCACAGUCAACUCUACAAUACGACUCCCUCGUAUCCGAUCAACUUGAAGACUAAAAAGGUUUUCUGAGAAACAAAAACCAAGAGUACAGUGGAUUACAGAAGAAGUCCCAUCAUUCAAUUCCGGACUCUCAGCUACACAAUCGUGAGAAGAAAGUUAAAACGUCGCCAGCCACCGCGCCGGUUGAGAAACGUGCGAGCACGAAGAGAAACGACGAGAACAGAUUGUUGAACACAUACAACACAUCCGAAUAA